CCGUGUUCAUCCCCUGUGCUUGCAGGACACUACACCCGAUGAACUGCUGUCUGCUGUUAUGACAGCUGUCCUUCAAGAUGUCAAUCUUCGUCCUGAGGCACUGGGAGACAUCUGUGUGGGAAACGUGCUGCAGCCUGGAGCUGGUGCUUUGAUUGCAAGAGUUGCACAGUUUCUAAGUGGUAUUCCCGAGACGGUGCCGUGCUCGAGCGUGAACCGGCAGUGCUCCUCGGGGCUGCAGGCCAUUGCCAGCAUAGCUGGUGGCAUCCGAAAUGGAGCGUAUGACAUCGGCUUGGCCUGUGGCGUGGAAACGAUGUCCCUCCGAAGCGCCAACAACCCCGGUGAUAUCAGCUCCAGCAUGAUGGAGAACAGCAGAGCUCGAGACUGCCUGAUCCCCAUGGGAAUAACCUCAGAAAACGUGGCAGAGAAGUUUGGAGUGUCCCGAAAGAAGCAAGAUGCCUUUGCCUUGGCUUCACAACAAAAAGCAGCAAAAGCUCAGCAGAUGGGACUGUUUAAAACUGAGAUUGUUCCAGUGAAGACCACUGUUCUAGACGAUCAGGGCAACCAAAAGACAAUCACUGUGCACCAAGAUGAAGGGAUCAGGCCCUCCACGACCAUGGAGGGCUUGGCAAAGCUGAAGCCUGCCUUCAAAGAGGACGGUAGCACUACAGCAGGCAAUGCCAGCCAGGUCAGCGAUGGAGCAGCUGCUGUUCUGCUGGCCAGGCGCUCGAAGGCAGCACAGCUGGGGCUGCCAGUCCUGGGGGUGCUCAGGUCCUUCGCCGUGGUGGGCGUCCCCCCCGCCGUCAUGGGCAUCGGGCCCGCCUACGCCAUCCCCGCGGCCGUGGAGAAGGCAGGUCUGACUCUGAAUGAUAUUGAUAUAUAUGAAAUUAAUGAAGCCUUUGCAAGCCAGGCCGUGUACUGUGUUGAGAAGCUGGGCAUUCCCAUGGAGAAGGUCAACCCCCUGGGAGGAGCCAUCGCGCUGGGGCACCCGCUGGGCUGCACUGGCACUCGGCAGGUGGUCACCUUGCUCAAUGAGCUGAAGCGCAGAGGGAAGAGAGCCUACGGUGUGGUGUCGAUGUGCAUUGGGACUGGCAUGGGUGCUGCAGCAGUGUUUGAGUACCCAGGGAACUAA